CAGGCCAUAGUCGAUCUGGUCGUCAUCUGUGACUUCAUCCUCUACCGCACUCUGUGCGAGGUCCUCAUACCAGCCAGUCUACAGUCCCUGCCUGAUAAUCUGAUAGAAGAGAUCACUGUCUUCUCACACAACAUUGUGGAAUGGGUGUUCAACGCCCUUCAGGACCUUCCUGCCGCUCUCGGGAUCCGCAAAGUCCAGACUUGCGAGAUGUUUGGGAAGUCUCUCCGCAGA